UUUUCUAGGUUAAAGCCUAUCCUCAAUCCCUUCCGUCCCAAUUAAAUCCCCAAAGCGCUUCUCAAACCUUUAUUCCUUUGUCGAUAUCUGGGAUCUCUAGAGGAAGAAAAAAUUCCCCUGUAUUUUCCCCAUUUUUGUUGGAAUAAAAAAACACUGAUCUUUUGGUAUUUUUUGUGAAUGGUGGAAACAAUUUGGAACUGUAGUAUUUUGAUGCUCCCCCUUUGUGAAUCGAGGGCGAGCACAGUCAUCCCUGUUCCCGCCGCCUCUGCUUUCGCAUUCGGUUCUUGCAAAGAAGGCUGGUACUACCGCUGCCUCGGCCUUGACCCAUAAACGCCGAUCACCAAUAACCCAGAUUUUGUUCUUGUUUUUUUUUGUUUUUGCUUAACAUCCCAUUGUUUUUGGUUGGUGAAAUAUUAUUCAUUCAUCUUUUUUGGACUAGAUUCUAUUUUUUAUUUUGGUUUAUUGAUAAAAAGUUGGAAAGAAUGUUGCUUUAUAAGCAGAAGAAGAACCAGGUUCCGAAGGGCAACCGGCUCUUGAUCAGCGUCACCGUUCUUGGAAGUGCCGGGCCGAUCCGUUUUGUUGUUAACGAGGAAGAGAUCGUUGCUGCCGUCAUUGAUACCGCUUUGAAAUCAUAUGCUCGUGAGGGUCGGCUCCCUGUUCUCGGAUCCAAUCUUAAUGAUUUCCUUCUUUAUUGCCCCAGUGUUGGAUCAGAUGCACUGAGUCCAUGGGAGACGAUUGGCUCACAAGGGGCACGGAAUUUCAUGCUGUGCAAGAAGCCGAUGACUGAGAAAGUGGAAAACGAUGGAAAGUCAGCCGAAUCCAUUACUAGGAAAUCACCUGGGAAUUGGUGGGCAUGGUUUAAUAAGUCCCUCAAUCUCAAGAUUUCAUCCCAUUAAACUAAACCCCGAGUCCAUCAUCAUUGCUGAUGGCCGUAUUUAUGUUCUUCACCUUGUUUUUUUCUCAUUUAACUGAGAAAAGACUUGCAGAAACAAAUUCUACUUGUUUUCCAGUGUUUUUGUGUUGCAAUAAAGAAUGAACAUGUACGGUGUUCUAUUGAUGA